AUGUUGGUUAAGGAAGAAAACUUUUGGGUAAAAUAUUUUUUGGACCGCCGGCCAUCGGAUGAUGACGAUGGAAUUUCGAGUUCGAUCACAGUGAACGAUGGUAGAACAAACACUCAUACACAAACGAAGAUACAGGCACCACAAACCGGACAACUACAACAAAAUAAACAACAACAAGCUAACAGUCUCCCAUCACGGCUGGUCCCCGCGGGAGUACUAGACCACUACCUUCCAACUAAAAGAUGUGAGGUACUUCAUAUCGCAACACUAAACACGAGAACCCUUAGAACUCACGAAAGUUUGCUAGAAUUAGAAAAAUCAUUAGAAAACAUAAAAUACGACAUACUAGGUAUAUGUGAAAUGCGAAGACUGGGAGAAAAAAUAGAAGACCACGGCAGCUACAUACUGUACCAUAAAGGAGAAACUGCUGGUUGUAGAGGAGUUGGUUUUUUAAUAAAACAGUUACUGAGAACAUGUAUACAAGAAUUGAUAGGAAUAUCUGAUAGAUUAGCAAUACUAAAUGUAAAACUACCAGGAUAUAAGAAACCUUGGUCUAUCAUACAGGCAUAUGCGCCCACUGAAAACUCAGACCUAUCAGUGCUCGAAGCUUUCUAUUAUAAGAUAUCUUUAGCUAUAAAAAACAACACCGACAAACAUAUAAUCUUAAUGGGGGAUUUCAAUGCACAAAUUGGGGCUAGACAAAAUAAUAGUGAGUACGUACUUGGCAAGUUCGGACAUGGAAAAAGAAGUCGCAACGGACAGAAACUAGUUGAAUUUCUAAUGGAGCAUAACCUAUCAGCAUUAAAUACUAACUUUAAUAAGAACAAAUAUAAUAAAUGGACAUGGAUUUCCCCGGAUGGUUCUUAUAAAAACGAAAUUGAUUAUAUAAUAACCAACUACCCAAGAGCUUUCACCGACACUACUGUUAUAAGCAAUUUGAACUUUAACACAAACCAUCGUAUGGUACGCUGCUCUCUUAGAAAAUUCCAAACAAAAAUAUCUCGCAAUCAUAUUAAAAACAAUAUGAUUAAAUUGCCAAGUCAACCUUGCCUGAUGAAGUGCAACCCGUUCAAAGAAACAAACGAACAUAUAACAAGCGAUGAAAUAGAAACAACACUGAAAUAUGAUAUACUAGAAAACGAAUUGCAAAGCUUGUAUAUCUCAAAAAAUUACGCACACAAACCUAAUAAGUAUCAACUAAGUGAGCAUACCUUACAACUAAUCGGAGAAAGAAAGGAGCUUAUAGCUAUCCAAGCAAAAAAAGAAAAUAUAAAGCUGGUUGCAGAUUUAAGCAAAAGAAUAAGAGAAAGUAUACGCAAAGAUCGCAAGGUCAAGAGGUUGAAAACAUUCGAGCACUACAUACAAAAAAAGGGGGGUGUGAAAAAAGCUCUGAAAGAACUGCGAGAAGUAGGCAAAGAAUGGAUACCCAAACUAAAGGAUAAGUCGAAUACUACCACGAUACGACAGAAUAUCAAAGAUCUAGCCACAAGUUUCUACCGUCAACUGUAUGCUAGACAGCACCAAAUUACAAUAGGUCACCACAGAAGAGUGCUCACUCAACAUAUUGAUGAAGGGAAAUCAGAGCCUGUGCCGGACAUCCUAUUGUGUGAAGUCGAAAAGGCAAUUAAGAGUCAAAAGAUGGAGAAGUCCCCGGGACCAGACAAAAUUACCAACGAACUUAUGAGGGGAAAUAUAGAAGAACUGACUCCAAUUCUUACAAAGAUUUUUAACGAAAUCUUAACAAACGACCUGGUAUUAAUUGAAGAACGUCCCGAAAAUCUCGAGUAUAUGAUAAAUAACUUAAAUGAAGAAAGCAUAAAAGCUGGACUAAAAAUGAACACUAACAAGACCAAAAUAAUGACAAACAGCACAAAAUCUAACAUCACAAUAAACGGCGAUUCUCUAGAAUAUGUGAAAGAUUACAUAUACCUGGGUCAAGUAAUUUCCAUAGAAAAUCAAAUACCGAAAGAAAUUAAUCUCAGGAUCGCAACAGGUUGGAAGAAAUACUGGUCAUUAAAAGAGAUCGUGAAGUCCAAAGACUUAAGCAUGUCAAUAAAAAGAAAAACAUUUAAUACUUGCAUUUUACCUUGUCUAACAUACGGAUGCGAAACCUGGACCCUCACAAAAGCAUUAAGAGAAAAACUUGCAGUAGCACAGAGAGCAAUGGAGAGGAGUAUGACCGGCUAUAAAAGACAGGAUAAGAUCAGAAAUAUUGACCUAAGGAAUUUAACAAAACUUACCGACAUACUCGAACGAAUCGAUCAACAGAAGUGGAGAUGGUCAGGACAUAUGGUGCGUGACAAAAUGGGAAAGUGGAGCAGGAGAGUAACAGAAUGGUAUCCAAGAGACAGUAAAAGAAGACGAGGAAGGCAGCACACAAGGUGGGAAGAUGAAAUAAGACUUACAGCAGGACCAAACUGGAGAAGGGUUGCUCAAGAUAGACAACAAUGGAAAUCGUUGGAGGAGGCCUUUGCCAAUAGGCACGCCGAACUAAGAGACAUUUUGUAG